AUGUUCAAUACCACCACAGUGACUGACUUUGUGCUCCUUGAAUUUUCAGCGGCUUGGGAACUGCAGCUUCUGCAUUUCAUUAUAUUUCUAGUAUUGUACUUGGCAAGCUUAAUGGGGAACCUUCUCAUAAUUUCUGCAGUAGCUUCUGAUCACCACUUGCACAGACCAAUGUAUUUCUUUAUGAUGAACUUGGCUAUUCAGGACCUUGGACAAGUUUCAGUUAUUGUUCCCAAAUCCAUGGCCAAUUCCCUCUUAAAUACUAGGCAAAUUUCUUAUUCUGGAUGUGUAGCUCAGAUCCUUUUGUUCAACUUCUUUAUAUCAUCCAACUUCUUCCUUCUCACACUCAUGGCUUAUGAUCGGUAUGUUGCCAUCUGCAAUCCAUUGUACUAUGAGAUGGUGAUGAAUAAGCAAGCCUACAUACAAGCGGUGGCUUGUGUGUGGAUCAGUGGUUUUCUCCAUGCAGUGCUACACACCAGCUGCACCUUUGCAACCCCAUUUUGCUCCAAUGUUGUCAAUCAGUUCUUCUGUGAAAUUCCACAGUUACUGAAGCUUGCAUGUUCAGAUUUAUACCUAAUUGAAAUUGGAGCUGUUAUGCUGAGCUUUAUCAUUGGGCUAGGCUGUUUUACCUUCAUCAUUGUAACUUAUGUGCAGAUUUUCUAUGCAGUGUUGAGAAUUCCCUCUGUGCAGGGAAGGCAAAAGGCUUACUCAACUUGCAUUCCUCACCUCACUGUCAUCUCCACAUUAUUAUUUUGUGGAUUCUUUGCCUACCUGAGGCCUACAUCUAACACCCCUUCUGAUCAGGAUGUGGUAUUUACUGUGGUAUAUUCUAUGGUUCCACCCAUGCUGAAUCCAGUGAUUUAUAGUUUAAGAAACAAGGAGAUCAAGGCUGCCGUAUCAAAGCUAUUAGGUUUUAGCCAAAACACAUCUUCCAGUUUUCUUCUUUAA